UCCCUGUAAGGCUGUUGAUGCACCUGUGGGUUGCAGAGGGAUUCAUACAACACACUGGCCAUAGGGUCCCAGAGAAUGUUGCUGAAGAGUACUUGGACGAGCUCAUAAAUCGAGACUUGAUCCAAGUAGCUAGCAGGAGGACAGAUGGAGGGGUAAAGACAUGCCGUAUUCAUUAUCAUUUGCGAGAUCUCUGCACAUCAGAGAGUGCAGACGAGAAGUUUCUUGAGGUUAGUACAGAUGUUAACCUUUUAUCCGCGAACCAAUCUCGCAGACUUUCCAUUCAGGGUAGCAUUGAUCUAUAUAUUCAUUCAAAUCCCUCUCACCCUUCCCGUUCUUUGUUGUUUCUUGGCCAACAUACAUAUGACUUUGAUCCAAACCACUGGAAAUGGGUCCUGGACAACUUCAAGUUGGUUCGAAUGCUUAGUUUCGGGUGUGUAGAUCUCUACUCGAUUCCCACAAGUAUAGAAGAUUUGUUCCAUUUGAGGUACUUGGGUAUAGAAUCUGAUGCACUGAAAGCUAUUCCAGCUUCCAUUGGCAACCUUAUAAAUCUAGAAACACUUGAUUUUAGAGGGACUUUUCUGAAUUGUUUGCCCAAAGGAAUAUGGAAGCUUGGACGUUUAAGAAAUUUGUAUAUGUCUGGGCCGGUGAGUUUACCUAACCAUUUAGACCCAAACGAUACAGCUUUGAAGCAUCUUCAAGUAUUCUCCACUGUAUCACUAAACCUACAAACUGUUUCUCCCAUUGCCUCUGGUAGGAUCCCUAAUCUAACAAAAUUAGGAAUAUGGUUUGCUUCCGACGAGAACAUCAGCGAAGUAAUUGAUGUUUUGAAAUGCCUCAACGAUUUGAGUCAUCUUCAAACAUUAAAAAUUAUAAAUUGCUUAGAACGUCCUAGUCUGCCGGUUUCAUUUCCACCGGCAAUCACCAAGAUAACCCUACGACAUGUGCGCUUAAAAGUCCGUCGAGACAUGAAAGUGCUGGGAAAACUUCUCAAUCUUAAGAUACUGAAACUACGAAGUUGUUUGCUUUCCAGUAAGUUCUACGUCUUUGGAGGUUCAUUUCCUCGACUCCAAGUCCUUAAAUUAGAAAAUUUGAGAAUGAAAAAAUGGAAACAGAGAAGAGGCGCAAUGCCAUGCCUCAAGCAUUUGGUUAUUAAACAAUGCAUGGAGUUGGUCAUGCUCCCUUCACAACUACAGAGUUUGACUGUUUUGCAAAAUGUAGAAGUAUUGUGGAGCACCUCAGAGUCUGCAUUGAUGCUUCAGAAAUUACAGAUGAAUGUUGGAUUCAAGCUAUUGAUCUAUCCUCCUAACAACGAUUCAAACGUCAGAUUUGCUAAAGAGAUGGAGACAACGACAGGGUCCACGGACGAGGUCCGCCACAUUAUGAUCCGGAACAUGGUCCCGCAAGAUGCCAAGCACCUCUGCGAGUUGAUCCGCCAGACCAGGCUCUCGUUCUUCGAAAUCGUUGAGAACAGUAUGAUCAGUUGGUCGACGCAGAUCAGUGCGAUCAGCAGUAUGAUCAGUAGGUCCACGCAGUCCAGUGCGAGAAUAGGCGACGACGUUUCGGUCGAUUUGAUCAAUGCAAAAGCGGUUGGUGAAUUGAAAGAAAUUGCGGACCGGAUGCUUCGCUCUGGCUACGAAAAGGAGUUCGUUCAGGCCUAUAGUAGUGUCCCCCGUGACGCUCUAGAUGAGCGUCUUGCAAUGCUAGGGAUUGACAAACUUAGUAUUGAAGAGGGUCAGAUGAAUAUUGGGCGGGAUUCCUUGGAAGGGAAGAUGAGGAUAUGGAUUGAGGCCGUUAAGAAUGUUAGUGUUUUUGUCAGCCGUGAGAAAAGCCUCUGCGAUCAUAUUUUCCAUGAUGCCGACGGCAUCAAGGAGAUUUGCUUCAACGAGACCGUGAAAGGCUUCGUGAUGCAGCUGUUGAACUUAGGCGAGGCAGUUGCGAUAGGGAUCGGAAGGUUGCCUGAGAACCUGUUCAGGAUAUUAGACAUGCAAAAUGUGAUGGCAGACGCAUUGCCUGACUUGGAAGCAAUGGUUACUGAUGAAUUCGUGAUCAAUAAGGCGAAAGGAGUGCUUGGCGGACUGGUCGAGGCGGCCAGAGGGACAUUUGUGGAUGUGGAGUUUAAGAAUGCGGUGCAGAGUGACACAUCGAAGAUCCCGAUGCAAAGCGGUGACAUUCACCCACUGACGCGGUAUGUGAUGAAUAAUUUUCUGUAUGUAGUACAGAAAGGGAAAGAUAAGGAUCUUGGGGAGGUUUUAGGUGAUAACUUCGAGAGCUUCAUCUUUGAGAACAGUAUGAUCAGUAGCUCCACGCAGAUCAGUGCGAGAAGUAUGAUCAGUAGCUCCACGCAGUCCAGUGCGAGAAUAGGCGACGACGUUUCGGUCGAUUUGAUCAAUGCAAAAGCGGUUGGUGAAUUGAAAGAACUUGCGGACCGGAUGCUUCGCUCUGGCUACGAAAAGGAGUUCGUUCAGGCCUAUAGUAGCGUCCAACGUGGCGCUCUAGGUCAGCGUCUUGCAAAGCUAGGGAUUAACAAACUUAGUAUUGAAGAGGGUCAGAAGAAUAUUGAGUGGGAUUCCUUGGAAGGGAAGAUGAGGAAAUGGACUCAGGCCGUUAAGAUUGUUAGGGAUAUUGUCAGCCGUGAGAAAAGACUCUGCGAUCAUAUUUUCCAUUAUGCCGACGGCAUCAAGGAGAUUUGCUUCAACGAGAUUGUGAAAGGCUGCGUGAUGCAGCUGUUGAGCUUCGGCGAGGCGGUUGCGUUCGGGAGAAGGUCGCCUCAGAAGCUGUUAAGAUUAUUAGACAUGUAUGAUGUGAUGGCAGACGCAUUGCAUGACUUGGAAGCAAUGGUUACUGAUGAAUUCGUGAUCAAUGAGGCGGUAGGAGUGCUUUGGGACCUGGGCGAGGAGAUCAACCGGACAUUUGUGGAGUUUAAGAGGGAUGUAAGAUUACUUGGAUGGUGUAAAAAUUGAGAAAUUCUAUUAUAAAUUUUUGAGUAAACGUGAAAUUUGAAAUUA